AUGGACUGUAGAUCUACGCCUCCAACUAAAACCAAAAAAGUGCGUAAUCCUUUCGACAAAGCUUUAAUUGACAGGUUGCACAAACCGAUUUGUAGCCCUGGUAUGUGUAAAAUGUACAAAAAGGAUAAGAGCGGAGGCUUUAGAUGGGACAUAGAUCAAGCAUGUACUUUAGUACCAGCUGAUAUUGUUGCAUGCAACAGUCAAUUUGAGCCUUCACCUGAUCCCAUGUUGGAGAAGAUUGCCGAGGAAGCUACAGAUAGAUUUUUCUCUCAAGAAAUGGUAAUGCCGAGCCCCCUAGAAUCAUCUAAAAAAGUUAAACCAAUAUUGCAAGAAUUAAUUCACACUAGUGUUCAAGUAACCACUAUAAAAAAAGAAAGUGUUAUUAAAAAGGAUGUUUCAGCUCAAACAGUGUUAACUUUACCACCAACUUUACCUCCUGCAAUCGAAAAUGUUUUGCAAGAGUUCUGUACUUUUACACAGGAUCAAAAUAUUUCAGGUGAUUAUGAGAUUACAGCAAAUGGAUCACUGAGAAGAAAGCUGUUCUUUGAAGAACAUAGUGACAUAGAACACUAUGAUUCUGAACAAACCGAUGAUGAAGUACAUAUAGAAGCUUGUCCACCUUCAAGUUAUGAAGCUCACUCUCCAAUUGUCAUCAGUCCAGAUUUGAGUCGUGACUUAGUCACAAAGGGCUUAAAAAGGACAUUUGGAACACCACUUAAUAAAAGUACUGCUAGCAAUUCUAAGCCCACUUAUCGAAAUAAAAUGCUAGAUGUUGUGGACUUUGAUGAUGAUGAUGAUGAUGAUGAUGAUGAUGAUGAUGAUGAUGAUGAUGAUGAUGAUGAUGAUGAUGAUGAUGAUGAUGAUGAUGAUGAUGAUGAUGAUGAUGAUGAUGAUGAUGAUGAUGAUGAUGAUGAUGAUGAUGAUGAUGAUGAUGAUGAUAAUGAUGACGAUGAUGAUGAUGAUGAUGAUGAUGAUGAUGAUGAUGAUGAUGAUGAUGAUGACGAUGAUGAUGAUGAUGAUGAUGAUGAUGAUGAUGAUGAUGAUGAUGAUGAUGAUGAUGACGAUGAUGAUGAUGAUGAUGAUGACGGCGAUGACGACGAUGAUGAUGAUGAUGAUGAUGAUGAUGAUGAUGAUGAUGAUGAUGAUGAUGAUGAUAAUUAUGAUGAUGAUAAAGAUGAUAAAGAUGAUGAUGAUGAUGAUGGUGAUGAUGAUGAUGAUGAUGAUGAUGAUGAUGAUGAUGAUGAUGAUGAUGAUGAUGAUGAUGAUGAUGAUGAUGACGACGACGAUGAUGAUGAUGAUGAUGAUGAUGAUGAUGAUGAUGAUGAUGAUGAUGAUGAUGAUGAUGAUGAUGAUGAUGAUGAUGAUGAUGAUGAUGAUGAUGAUGCUGAUGAUGAUGAUGAUGAUGAUGAUGAUGAUGAUGAUGAUGAUGAUGAUGAUGAUGAUGAUGAUGAUGAUGAUGAUGAUGAUGAUGAUGAUGACGACGACGAUGAUGAUGAUGAUGAUGAUGAUGAUGAUGAUGAUGAUGACGAUGAUGAUGAUGAUGAUGACGAUGAUGAUGAUGACGAUGAUGAUGAUGAUGAUGAUGAUGAUGAUGAUGAUGAUGAUGAUGACGACGAUGAUGAUGAUGACGACGGUGAUGAUGAUGAUGAUGAUGAUGAUGAUGACGGCGAUGAUGACGGA